GCCGUAUCAUUAUCUAAUUGCGUAAAUAAUCUUUGAGCAGUUCCGAGAACUGAAAGCGUGAUAUCAUGGCGCAGCAAGAUGCGACGCCGGAGAACAUGACGAUGAUGCAGGGCUUCGAGUGGUACGUCCCGGCGGACCAGAAGCACUGGAAACGCCUAAAGGACCACGUCCCUCAGCUCAAGGCAUGGGGCAUCGACAACAUCUGGGUGCCUCCUGGAUGCAAAGGCUCCAGCAAAGAGGGCAAUGGCUACGACAUCUACGAUCUCUACGACAUCGGCGAGUUUGAUCAAAAAGGCACCGUUGGCACCAAAUGGGGCACCAGGGAGGAGCUGGUGGCGCUGUGCAAGACGGCCAAUGAUCACGGCGUUGGCAUUUACUGGGACGCUGUCUUGAACCAUCGCUUUGGAGCCGAUCACAAAGAAAGGUGCCAGGCUGUCGAGGUUGACGAGGAGGACCGAAACAAGGUUGUCAGCGAUCAGUACGAGAUCGACGCCUGGGUCGGGUUCGACUACAAAGCCAGAGACAACGCGUAUAGCAAGCAAAAGUACCACUGGUACCACUUCAGCGGCGUCGACUACAACGCCGUUGACGACAAGACAGCCAUUUUCAAAAUUCAAGGCGAAAAGUCUGACGGUCUCUGGGCUGCUGUGCCGGACGUGGACGGCGAGAAGGGCAACUUCGACUUUCUCAUGGGAUCUGACCUGGAUUAUGACCAUCCGGAAGUCGUGUCGGACGUUCUCGCGUGGGGGAAAUGGAUCACGAACACGCUUCCGCUCAAGGGUAUUCGUUUCGACGCGAUCAAGCACUUUAGCGCCAACUUUCUGAAGAAGUUUGUGCAGCAGAUGGAUGAGAUGCACGGCAGUGGAUGGUUCUUUGUCGGCGAGUUCUGGAAGGACAGCCUCGAGGACAUGAACAACUACCUCGACCACAUGGACCAGAAGUUCUCGCUCUUCGAUGCGCCACUCGUGCACAACUUCAGCGCCAUCAGCCAGGCCGAGGCUGCCGACCUGCGCCAGGUGUUCGAAAACACGCUCGUGCAGAGCAGGCCGAUCAACGCCGUGACGCUCGUCAUGAACCACGACACGCAGCCGUACCAGGCGCUCGAGGCCCCCAUCGCAGACUGGUUCAAGCCCAUCGCCUACUCACUCAUUCUGCUGCGCGAACAGGGCUACCCGUGCGUCUGGUACGGCGACCUGUACGGCAUCAAGGGAGAGCACGAAUUCCCCCCUUCAUGCGGUGGCAUGCUACCGCGUCUAGCGCUCGCUCGCAAGCUGUACGCGUAUGGCAAGCAAGUCGACUACUUCGACUUCGCCACGUGCCUGGGCUGGGUUCGGUACGGCACCCACGACCGGCCCGCCGGCAUGGCCGUCGUGGUCAGCAACGCCGGGCCCGGCAUCAAGAACAUGCACGUCGGCGAGAUGCACGCGGGUGAGGAGUGGACGGACAUUUUGGGUUGGUCCGAGGCGACCGUCGUCAUCAACGACGACGGCUGGGGCGACUUUACGUGCGGACAGUGCAGCGUGAGCGUUUGGGUAAUGCGCAAUGCCGCAGGGAGGGAAAAGUUUGAGGAAAAUUUCAACAGCGAUAUAUAUAAAGCCAGUCAGUAGCGUCGCCACCAUCGUAAAUGGUAAGACGGAAAGAACCAUCUGGCUUCUUCUCCUUGAGGUUGGCACCGGGAACUCUAAUGACUGAGCUACCAAUGCCGAAAGAGAAGUCAGGAAGGACAGUGUUGGCAGUGAUGGUCUUGUCAGAGAUCUGGCUCUUCCAUGCGUUGUAAGCCUCGGUAGGAACCUCAAAGCCGGAGCCGCCGGUGUCGACAAUGCUGCUGUAUUGCAGUGGGAUGAAUUUGCCGUUACCAAUAGCAUAUCUAGUAGAAAUAAUAAUACAGAAGCCAUCAGAUAAGUC